AUGGGAAAUCAGAAAAAAUUCCUACAAAAACUUUUUCAUAUUCUUUAAGUAUUUACUAUUAUUAUUUUAGUCAAAAUAACAUGAAGAUUGUAUCUAAUGGAGCCAAGACGGGAAUUCUCUUUUGAUUAUUUCAGCUGAAUUAUUUGAGGUAAUGGUUAUGCCCUCUUAUUUCAAUUCAACUAAAAUUUCAACUUUUUAUAGGUAAUUGAGUCAAUAUGGAUUUAAAGUGAAAUAAAAUGAGAAUAGAUAAAAAUAAUUUUAUCAUUCUAAUUUUUAAUAAGGAAAUAUGUAAUACUAUAACAUCUAUAUUUAUAGUGAAAAAUUAUUAAAUAUAGAAAAGAGAAAAAAAUUACAGAGGCAUUUAGAUUACAGUAAUAGUUUAAAUGAAGAGAAUAAAAAAUUAAAUAAUGAGUUAAAACUCCUAUAAAAACAGUAAUUAGUAAUUUAAGCUUAACUGAAUAUCCAUACAAAGAUAUAUUUACAGAUUUGUAAAUAGAUUACAACUAUAUCUAAUGUAAAUAUUUAAUAAGUAUAUUUUAGUAUUUUUUUAAAUGCAAUAAGGAUUCUUAAGAAUGCACUAUUUUUUUUGAGGCAAUUAUAUCAGUAUUUAAAGGAUUCAACCCUGAAAUUGCUUCAAAUAUUUUUGAAGAUCUUAAAAACAUAGGAGGGCCAUUAAGUCCUUAGUUAUCGCCUCUUCUUUUUCCUUACCUAAAAUUUGUUUGA